UAUUCCGAAAAUUUCGAUACAACUCUACCAACUACUUAUACUUGAGUGAGAAUAUUAAUUAAAAAGCUAAUAUUGCUUUGAACAUUUUGUGCCAUUAAUAGUGAGCUAAAAACGUUGAACGCGUACGUAGACAUUGAUUGAGGCGAGCUGCAACAAGUGAAAGCCAAUUACCAGAAAUGCCGCCCGUUCAAGUCCAGGCCAUCAACAUGUCGCUGGGUGCAAUGCAUUGCACGAGAUGCGCCGACGGUUUCGAGCCCACCGAAAAGAUUGUCAACUCCAACGGCGAGCUUUGGCAUACGCAGUGCUUUGUCUGCGCUCAGUGCUUCCGACCGUUUCAGGAUGGCAUUUUUUACGAGUUCGAGGGACGCAAGUACUGUGAACGGGACUUCCAUGUGCUAUUUGCGCCCUGCUGCAACAAGUGCGGUGAGUUUGUUAUCGGGCGUGUUAUCAAGGCCAUGUCCGCCAGCUGGCAUCCACAAUGCUUCCGCUGUCAGCUGUGCGCCAAAGAGUUGGCCGACAGUGGCUUCAUACGCAACCAGAAUCGUGCGCUAUGCCAUGAAUGCAAUGCCAAGGUGAAGGCCGAGAUAACAGGUCGUUAUGUGUGCCAAAAGUGUCACGGCUUGAUUGACGAGGAGCCGUUGCGCUUCCGGGGCGAAGUCUAUCAUGGCUAUCACUUCAAUUGCUCGGCCUGCGGCACAGAAUUGGAUGCCACAGCGCGCGAGGUCAAGAGUCGCCCGGGCCUGGCCGCAAACGAUAUGAACGAACUGUAUUGUCUACGCUGUCACGACAAGAUGGGCAUUCCCAUUUGCGGCGCCUGUCGUCGACCAAUUGAGGAGCGUGUGGUUACAGCGCUGGGCAAGCACUGGCACGUCGAGCAUUUCGUGUGCGCCAAGUGCGAGAAGCCCUUCCUGGGUCAUCGUCACUACGAGAAGCGCGGUCUCGCAUACUGCGAGACGCAUUAUCAUCAGCUCUUUGGCAAUCUGUGCUUUGUGUGCAACCAGGUCAUUGGUGGAGAUGUUUUCACCGCUUUAAACAAGGCGUGGUGCGUGCAUCAUUUUGCCUGCUCCGUGUGCGAUACGAAAAUGACGCAGAAAUCAAAAUUCUACGAGUACGAUGAGAAGCCGGUGUGCAAGAAAUGCUAUGAACGGUUUCCCAAUGAGCUGCGACGUCGCUUGCGCACCGCACACGAGAUGACCAUGAAGAAGAAUGUCUAGUGGAUGAGCUGCAGCCUCGAACUGCCCAGCCUUCCAUCACACAAAUCUACACCAAAACGUGUUAAGUCAAAGUGCCUUCUGUCGUUCAGCACAAACGACCGCUUAGUUCUCUGUUUGUAGUUGUCCACUUCUAACAUUCGAUGUUAAUUCUCGAAACUAAAAACUUGUGCCUUUCUUCACAUUUCUGUAACAUUGUAAUUUUUGUUGUACUGUGUCAUUUCUAAACAAAGGCGUGUACCGUUUUGAUAUCGCUUAUCUUUUAUUUGUAGCUGUUAUCAACGGCAAGCAUAACAAAACAAAAUAUUGUAUUGACAGCUGUUAUCUAAUUGAAUUUUAUUUAUAUACAUAAAUGUUUUUAUAAUAAAAGAAAAUUUAAAAGCAUGCGAA